AUGCGGCUCCAAGCCCGAUACCCCGUUUACCUAAUAGGAGCGAUCCAGCUCACUAGUUGCGUUGUAGACGCAAAAUACUUCCCUCGUCGAGCGCUCCAAGGGCCAGGCGUCCAACAGCUCCGCCCGGUUGUCCUUGCGAAUUCAGCACCGGCUUUGGAAAAGCCUUUACAGACUAUAGAAACCCGAAAGCCGCCGGUCGAGGUCGAAAUAUUCGUCAUGAGCAAGUGCCCCGAUGCUCGAGACUGCGUUAGAGACCUCGUCCUCCCUGUUAUGGCCCAACUUUACGAUUCUGGAAUUAUAACGUUACGACCAACUUACAUUGGCACACCCGAUGAUUCGAACGCUGGGAUGGCAUGUAAACAUGGUCCCGACGAGUGCCUUGGCGAUAUGCUAGAGUUGUGUGCCUAUGAGCUUCAUAAGGAUCGACCACAAAUGUGGCUUGGGUUUAUUAACUGUAUGGGACAAAAUUAUCAGAAUAUUCCGCAAGAUGCAUAUGUUUCCAAUUGUGCAUCGGAGUACGGGCUUAGCUUCGAUCAGCUAGAGCGGUGUGCAGCAUCCGAGGAUGAGAAUAGAGGGAUGGAAUUAUUGAGGGCAAGUGCACGGAGGGCGAUAGAUCGGGGCAUCUCAACCAGUUGCACUGUUACUGUUAAUGGUAAGACAGUAUGCGUGAGGGAUAAUGGGCAGUGGAAAGGCUGCACGGGUAGCAAGGAUGACUUGGUCCAAGAAGUCCAACACGCUUACAAUAACGAAUAA